AUGAGUUCCUCUGGGACGAGAAAGCGAGAGGAAAUGCUGGAUGCGGAUGGCAACGCCAUCGUAGACGGCGUUCUAACGCCCACUCCAGAUUCGCCGGCGGAUUCCGAGUGGCGCUCACGAGCUGGUCCUCUGGAUGUGAACAGUGGUAACGGUGGGCCGUGGAAGCAAGAAGACUGUUCGGGACCACAACCGGCGGACAUGUACGGCAAGUUCACGUGGAAAAUCGAGAAUUUCUCGGAGAUUUCCAAACGCGAGCUUCGUUCCAAGUGCUUCGAAGUCGGCGGGUACAAGUGGUACAUUCUCGUCUACCCGCAAGGCUGCGACGUGCACAAUCAUUUGUCGUUGUUCUUGUGCGUGGCAGAUUACGAUAAAUUAUUACCGGGAUGGAGUCACUUCGCGCAGUUUACCAUCGCGGUUGUGAAUAAGGAUCCGAAAAAGUCAAAGUAUUCGGACACUUUGCACCGGUUUUGUAAGAAGGAACACGAUUGGGGGUGGAAGAAGUUUAUGGAACUCGGUAAAGUCUUAGACGGGUUUACCGUGGCGGAUACUUUAGUCAUUAAAGCGCAAGUCCAAGUUAUCCACGAGAAGAUUGCGAGACCGUUUAGAUGCUUGGACCCGCAAUACAGACGAGAGUUGGUUCGCGUGUAUUUAACAAACGUCGAGGGUAUUUGCCGAAGAUUUCUCGAAGAGAAGAGAGAAAAGCUUUACGCUUUACGCAAGGAUCCGGAGAAGUGGGAAAAUCUUCGCAAUUUUUGGAACAAUCGUACUUUAGCCGAAAAAACGCAUCUCGCUUCCGAAAAAGCCGACGAUCUCUUAAAAGGUAUCGUGAAGAGAUUCUUCAACGAGAAAGAAGUGACGUCAACACUCGUCAUGGAUGCGUUGUAUUGCGGAUGCAGAGCCUUGGAUGCCGGCUCCACGUCUGUGGCGGACGCUGUCAAGGCCAGUGCGAAUUCGUCGUACGGCUCUGCUGCUUUAUCCAUAGCCACAAACACUUGUGUGCUCACCGGUGAUUUAGUGUGUGCGUUGGAACGCGCGGCGGAUGGAACUGCUUUUGAUGUCGAUGAUAUAGACUUGGACGAUUCUUCCGAAGGUCGUUCGUCGAAGCGCUCUAAACUCGGCGAGGAUAGCAGUAAAGAUGAUUCCAAAAAAGAUAACGAUAGUAAAGACGCGACGAAGAAGAAAGCUGGGUUCUCUGCGGCCGAUGCUGUCGAAAGAGACGAACAUCGCCUCGCUGAACUCGGCCGUAGAACGAUUGAGAUGUACGUCUUGUCCCGCGUUUUUAACGAACGCGUCGAAGUCGCCUUUCGCGAAGCCGAAGCUCUGAUGCGUCAAGAAGCGUUGAUUGCCGAAGAAGAGGAAGCUGAACGCUUAGCCGCGGAAGAAAACGAAAAGAAACACUCGAAGAAGCAGAAACAAAAAGAGAGGCAACGAUUGAAGAAGUUGGCCGAAGAUGAAGAACGAGCGCGAUUGGAAAAGGAAGAAGCCGAGAAGAAAGCCGCCAUAGAGGCCGAGAAGGAAGCCGAACGCGAAAAGCAGAGAGCGAUCAAACGCGCCCAAGAUGAGGAGCUUCGCAAGAAACAGGAAGAAGAGCAGCGCAUCAAGGAUGAAAAGGAGCGCGAGGCGAGAGAGAAGCGCGAAGCUAUUCAGAGGCAAAAGGAUGAAGAGAAAGCGAAGAAGAAAGCGGAAAAGGAGAAAGCGGAGGCGGAAAAACGCAAAGCGCGCGAAGAAGUGGAAGCGAAGGAAAGAAAAGAGAACAAAGAUACCACAAGUAAGAGUGAUUCGCCGGCGAGUAAAGCUGGUAAAGGUGCCGAUAAGUCGAUUCCGACGCCAAACUCUGCCGGCGGCUCUCCGGGAGGAUCCUCCUCUGAACCGCCGCUCGUUCGCGAACUUCGUGGUCGAAUCUCUGCGCUUGAAUCUGCUUUGGCAGAAAAAGCCGCUGAAGUCGUUCGACUUCGACGAGAUCUCAGCCAAUAUCAGCAAGGAAGUCCACCGGCAUCUUCAGGGAAAGGGAGCGAUUCCAAGGCAGCUUCCAUACCGAGAGUUGGCUCUGGAUCCAUCUCCGGGGAGAAGCCGACAGCCGCCGCUGUCGCUGCCGGUGCACCAGCCGUUUCUGCCGCCACGGUCGCCGGAUCCGGUGGUCCUGGCGCGCCACCGUUACCUCCGGGACCGCCUCCGCCACCUGUCACACCGGCAAUUGCCGUUGCCGCCGGAGGAUCAGCCUCUGAAGGUGACCGAAGCGUCCCGAUGCCGCCGUCCGGACCGCCGCCGCCGCCAAGAGGCCCCCCGCCUCCAACUUCGCUCGUCAAAGGCGUCGCGCAAAUGUCCGUCUCUGAGAACGGUGCUGCACCGGCUCCACCCGCGCCUGGAUCGUUUGCGCAAGCUGCAAAUGCGGGCGGCGCGGCGCCUCCAUCGGGCGCCAACGGCGCGAGGCCGGCGGCUUGGAUGCAACAGCAACAAGGACAACCGCCCGUACCUCCCGUCCCUGGACAGCAAGAAGAUAACUUCCCGCACUUUGGCAUGAUUGAAAACUUGUUGGGCGAUCUCGGAGAUGAUUUUGACUAA